AUGGCUCCCGGUUCCCGCCAUGGCAAGGUGAGGCCGUCAGAUGUGGCGGCUGAUACGAAGAAAAACUUCAUCAACUUAAUCAACCGUGAUUACUCCAAGUUGUUCCCGCCAUACUCCGUUCUAUACCCCCACCCCAAAUCCCUAGAGCUCCAACGCUGGACCUACAGCACGCGACCCCCUAUCUUUGUCGUGGAGACUGGCGACCCCGUGUCCAGGGCUAUCGAAUGGGGCAUGAUGGACGAACAGAGCGAUAAGGUUAGCGGAAGAAACAGAAUCAAUAUCCCUUUCAUUUGCGCCGCCAACGAGCGCCGGGCUGGAGGAGACUGGGAAACCAGCUGCGCGGGCUAUGAGGAGAAGCUGUGCCGACGGAGCAACCUCUCUGCAACCCUCAAGUCGCCCUGGCCAGGCCAAAACAACGUGUCCUCCCACUACCCCAUCCCCUCGGGCGGCGGCAUCUUCUCCAGCUCGGUUGUCGUCUACCGCGGUGAGGCGGAGCGCUACGACAAGUACAACAAAUGGUUCGACAUGCCCGUCAUAUCAAUUCCCCCGACCCGCUGGCCUAAGCUUAAGGACAACGGCACCAAGUACUCCUUCUCUGAGGAGCGCGAGAUGAUGCGGGAGAAGAUGGGUGGCGCCCUCCGGAUCUGCCUUUUCAACGGCUACACUCGCGUCGUCAUCGGCGACUUUGGCCUCGGUAACGGCCACCGCAACCCGCCGCAGGAGGUGGCCGAGAUCUGGCGCGACCUCUUUCUCUUCGACCCUGAUCUGCGCGGCCAGUUCGCCUACGUCAGCUUCAUCUUCGACGACCCCAACCAGAGCACCGCGCGUCUGAUCCUCGAUGAGCUGACCAAGAAGGCCUCGAAGAGUAGCAGCGGCAAAGGUCGUCACCGGACCUCUGGCGGCUCUACCUCAUCAUCGCGGACCUCGGGAAGCUCUAGCUCGUCGUCGUCGCGGAGCUCUAGCUCUUCGAUCACCGACAAACGCAUCUUCGAGCAAGUUUUCGACCAGACGGAGAUUGAGCGUGUCCUGAGCCGGCCGGACCCGCGGUACUCGUUGGAGACCAUCACGCAUGGGGGAUGA